GAAGAAGAAAAGAAGCAAUGGCUACUCCGUUGCUGUCAAAUCAAAUGACAGUUGUCAUUCAAUUCCAAAUUGUGGUAAGGGCAUUCUUGAAGGUCUGAUUACUCCUUAUUUCUAAAAUAAAAUCAAUACUAUCAUUCACCGAAAAUGUCGAAAUUGAUUGCCCAAGUUCCAGUUUUAGCAGGGAAACUUAUUCAGGAAGGACGACCUAGGUUCAACACUUUCAUGAAAUACGCUAGAGUAGAACUUGUACCUCCAACUCCAGCAGACAUUCCACAAAUACGGGCUGGAAUAGGCCGUCUGAUUAGUGGAGCAAGGAAUGGCACUUGGAAAAACCUCACUGUUAAAGAAGCGUGGAUAAACACCCUUGUCGGAAUUGAAGUAUUGUGUUGGUUUUAUGUUGGGGAGUGCAUCGGAAAACGCCAUAUUGUUGGUUAUAACGUUUGAACAUUUACUGCUAAUUGUUUUUUUCUAUUGUCAGUUUUGGGUUGAACUCGUCAGAGAAAUAGUAAUGCCUCUGUAGAUAAAUUGUCUAUAAAAUGUCACAAUAAAGAUUUCUUUUUCAUGUUAA